GAUUUAUUAGAUAAAAAUAAAUUUUAAACAAUUUAAAAAAUGAUGACUGUACGUUAUACGUUAUGGUUUGCAUGGUUAGCUAUUGUUUUGCUGAAUGUAUCCUUGCAAGCAAAAGUUAAGCAUUCAAAAAGAUUAAAUUUUAGGCGAUUUGAGAUAAAUGAUCAAGAUUCAGACUGUGCUGGAGUUUUAGAUGUAGGCUUUAUAAUUGACUCAUCUGGAAGUUUAAGAAAUCAAUAUCGCCAAGAAGUAGAAUUCCUUAAAAGUCUUGCAAGGACAUUUAAGAUAAGCAACAAUGGUGCACAUGCAGGUGUUGUAACAUUUAGUUCCAUAGCAGAGUUAAGUAUUAAACUGAAUCAGUACUAUGAUCAAGAACAGUUUGAGAGAGCUGUUGAUGAUAUACCAUAUAUGGGUUAUGUUACACGAAUUGAUUUGGCUUUACGAAAAUCUUUAGAAAUGUUUGAUGAAAUAAAUGGAGCAAGAAAGAGUAUUCCUCAAAUUUUGUUUUUGUUGACAGAUGGUGAACAAUAUGCAGGAAAAGGUGUUGUAGAUGAGAAUCCUGUAAGUAUAGCCAAACUUCUAAGAGACAAAGGGAUAGUGAUUUUUGCAAUAGGUAUUGGUUCUGCUGUGAGGCAAUCACAACUGAAUGACAUUGCUGGAUCAAGUGAAAAAGCAUUUUUGGCUAAAAACUUUAAUGAGCUUGUCAACAGUGAUUUUUUAAAGAAAAUAAAAGAAGGCACAUGUGUUGGAACACCUAACAUUGUGCACGCAUGCGAAGGAAGUGAUCUUACAAUUGAUAUUAGAGGCAAGGGAAUAAUUAAUAUAUUAGAAGCUAACUAUGGUAGAACUUCUUUAAGUGUUUGUCCUGGUCCUAACGAUUCAAACACAAAUUGUAACAAUCAGAAAAGGUCACUAGAUAUUGUUCAGAGCAGAUGCUCAUCUAAAUCUUUCUGUACUGUUCAAGCAACUAGUGCAGUGUUUGGUGAUCCAUGUGUUGGAACUUUCAAAUAUCUUGAAGUGAAAUACUUUAUUGAAAAAAUAAAAGUUCGAAGUGCAGAAGUUGUUGCUACAGAAUAUGUGGAAGAUGUCAAUGAGCGUGUCUUAACACAUAAUGUUAUGAUUGCAAAGUUAUUAUCUUUAGAAAAGACAUAUACAGUUUCUUUUAAAUUAAAACCCAGUAUGUAUUCAGGAGGGUUGAAAAGUAUUGUUCAUUUGACAAUAGGAGAAGAUAAUGGCCAAUAUGGUGAAAGAACUCCUGCAGUAUUUUUUCAUCAAGACGGCUCUGGAAGUUUGACUAUUUUUUCAGCAGUAAACGGAAAUGGUAAUUAUAAUUUCAAAUCUGAACCACUUUCUCUCAAUGAAUGGUCAAGCAUUAGAAUAUCUCAAAUAUGGCACAAAAAAAUUUUUAAAUUUAUUGUGCAUAUUAAUGGAAAAGUUGUUCAUAGCAUUGAAAAUACCAAGCCACAGUCAUUUAAAAAUGUAGCAGUUUAUGCUGCUGACCCGUGGCAUGAUGCACAAAAUGGUUACCUUAAAGAUUUAAGAAUUCUAAAUGGGAAUAUGGAGCAAAUAAUAGAAGACCGAGAAACUGCUUUAGUUCAAAGAAAUCUGCUUGCAUUUAUUCCAAAGAUGGACAGUAUUUAUAAAAUAUAUUUCGAUGUGAAACCAAAUUUAUUUACUGCUGAUUUUCCCAAUGUUAUUCAUUUUACUGUUGAUUCUGAUAAGAAAAGUUAUGGUGAUAGAGUUCCAGGAGUUUGGUUCCACAGCAGUGGUGAUGGUAGUCUUCAAAUUUCUGCUCCAAUAAAUGGCAAUCUUGAUCGAGUCUUUAAGACAGCGCCUGUUACUGUUAAAGAAUGGUCACAUGUUGAAAUAAAUCAACAGUUAGUAAAUAAUGCUUAUGUCUACACAAUAAAAUUAAAUGGAAAAGUAGUUUUUUUUGAAGAAAACAUGCAGGCAACAUCUUUUGAUAAUGUUAUGAUUUAUGCUUCUGAUCCAUGGCAUCCUGCUCAAGAUGGCUCAAUAAAAGAUCUCACUAUCAUAAAUGGGAAAUCAGAAUCAGACUGUGCUGUAAUAGUAGAUGUAGGCUUUAUAAUUGACUCAUCUGGAAGUUUAGAAAAUCAUUAUCAACAAGAAGUAGAAUUCCUUAUAAAUCUUGCAAGUACAUUUAAUAUUAGCAAAUAUGGUGCACAUGCAGGUGUUGUAACAUUUAGUUACGAUGCAUUCUUAAGUAUUAAGCUAAAUGAUUACUUUAAUCAAGCUCAGUUUAAUAAUGCUGUUAAAGAUAUUUCAUAUUUAAAUGGUGGUACAAGAAUUGACUUGGCUUUAGAAAAAUCCUUAGAAAUGUUUGAUGAAUUAAAUGGAGCAAGAAAGAAUACACCUCAAAUUUUAUUUUUGUUGACAGAUGGUGAACAGAGUGGUGAUAAAAAUCCUGUAGAUAUAGCAAAACGUUUACGAGACAGGGGGAUUAUAAUUUUUGCUAUAGGUAUUGGAUCUUAUGUAAACAAAACGGAGUUGAAUAAUAUUGUGGGUUCAAAUGAUAAAGCAUUUUUGGCUGAAAACUUUAAUGAGCUGGUUAAUAAUGAUUUUUUAAAGAAAAUAAAAGAAGGCACCUGUAUUGAUGCAAAACCUUUGCCAAAUGUUGUAUUUGUUUCAAAAGAUUAUGUGGAAAAAGCUCCUGAAAUGACAUUUAACAAAAACAACUUGAUUGCAAUCUUAAAAUCUUUGGAAAAAGUAUAUUUAGUUUCUUUUAAGUUAAAACCCAACUUAUAUUCACAAGGAUUGAAAAGUGUAAUUCAUUUAACAAUUGGACAAGAUAAAGCUCAAUACGGUGAUAGAACUCCUGCAGUAUUUUUUCAUGAAGAUGGUUUAGGAAAACUGACCAUUGCUUCUGCAGUUAAUGAUAAAGUUAGUUAUAUUUUUACCUCUGAGCCUCUUCCUCUUAAUGAAUGGUCAAGUAUCAGAAUUUCUCAAGUUCGACUUAACGGAGUCUAUACUUUCACAGUGCAUAUAAAUGGAUAUAUUGUUCAUAGCAUUGAAAAUACAAAACCACAAUCAUUUCAAAAUGUAAAAGUGUAUACAUCAGAUCCAUGGUAUGACUCACAGGAUGGUUCUAUUAAAGAUCUCAGAAUUAUUAAUGGAAAUGUUGAGCAAAUGAUUGAAGACAGAGAAACGGCUUUGGUUCAAAAAAACCUGGUGGCAUUUAUUCCAAAGUUGGACAGUAAUUAUCGAAUAUACUUUGAUGUGAAACCAAAUUCAAUUUCUGGUGGUUUUCACAAUGUUAUUCAUUUUACUAUUGAUGCUGAUAAUAGUAAAUAUGGUGAUAGAGUACCUGGAGUGUGGUUCCAUAACAGUGGUGAUGGUAGUCUUUUUAUUUCCUCUGCAUUAAAUGGCAAUCCUGAUAAAGCAUACAAAACAGAAGCUGUUUCUCUCAAGGACUGGGCACAUGUUGAAAUUAGUCAACAAUUAGUAAAUAAUGUUUAUAUCUAUAGAAUUAAACUGAAUGGAAAAAAAGUGUUUUCUGAAGAAAACAAGCAAGCAAUGUCCUUCGAUAAUGUCAUGGUUUAUGCUUCUGAUCCAUGGCAUCCAGCUCAAGAUGGUUUUAUAAAAGAUCUUACUAUCAUAAAUGGAAAGUCAGAUUCCAAACUAUUGCCUAACGUUGUGCUUGCUACAAAUGAUUAUGUGGAAAAAGCUGCUGAAAUGGCAUUUAACAAAAACAACUUGAUUGCAAUCUUAAAAUCUUUGGAAAAAGUAUAUUUAGUUUCUUUUAAGUUAAAACCCAACUUAUAUUCACAAGGAUUGAAAAGUGUAAUUCAUUUAACAAUUGGACAAGAUAAAGCUCAAUACGGUGAUAGAACUCCUGCAGUAUUUUUUCAUGAAGAUGGUUUAGGAAAACUGACCAUUGCUUCUGCAGUUAAUGAUAAAGUUAGUUAUAUUUUUACCUCUGAGCCUCUUCCUCUUAAUGAAUGGUCAAGUAUCAGAAUUUCUCAAGUUCGACUUAACGGAGUCUAUACUUUCACAGUGCAUAUAAAUGGAUAUAUUGUUCAUAGCAUUGAAAAUACAAAACCACAAUCAUUUCAAAAUGUAAAAGUGUAUACAUCAGAUCCAUGGUAUGACUCACAGGAUGGUUCUAUUAAAGAUCUCAGAAUUAUUAAUGGAAAUGUUGAGCAACUUAUUGGAAGCAAAGAAACAGUUUUGGUUAAAAAAAACCUUGUGGCAGUUAUUCCAAGGCUGGACAGUAUUUAUAAAAUAUAUUUUUAUGUGAAACCAAUUUCAUUUUCUGCUGGUUUGCACAGUGUUAUUCAUUUUACUAUUGGUUCUGAUAAUAGUAAAUAUGGUGAUAGAGUUCCUGGUGUGUGGUUCCAUGGCAGUGGUGAUGGUAGUCUUUACAUUUCCUCUGCAAUAUAUGGCAAUUAUGAUAGAGUAUUCAUUACAAAACCUGUUACUCUUAAAGAAUGGUCACAUGUUGAAAUUAGUCAACAGUUAAUAAACAAUGCUUAUAUCUACACAAUAAAACUGAAUGGCGAAAAAGUAUUUUCUGAAGAAAACAAGCAGGCACAGUCCUUUAACAAUGUUAUGGUUUAUGCUGCAGAUCCGUGGUAUCUUGCUCAAGAUGGUUUAAUCAAAGAACUUAAUAUCAUAAAUGGAAAACCAGAUGAUGAAUCUUUGGCAAAUGCUGUACUUGUUACAAAAGAUGUUGUUGAAUUUUCAUCUGAAGAGAUUUUAAAGAAAAACAACUUGAUUGCAACAUUGACAUCAUUAGAAAAAGCUUACACCAUCACUUUUAAAUUAAAACCCAAUUCAUAUUCAUCUGGAUGGAAAAGUGUUAUCCAUUUGACUAUUGGAGAAAAUAAUGGGAAAUAUGGUGAUAGAAGUCCAGGUGUAUGGUUUCUAGAAGAUGGUUCAGGAAGAUUGAACAUAUAUUCUGCAGUUAAUGGAAAUGCUAGUUAUAAUAUAGUUUCUGAACCACUCGACCUUAAUAAAUGGUCAAAUAUCAAAAUAUCGCAAACUGGACUAAAUGGUAUUUACACAUUUCAGGUGUAUAUUAAUGGAAAGGUUAUCCAUAGCAUUGAAAAUACAAAACCGCAAUCAUUUAAGAGUGUCAAAGUGUAUGCAUCAGAUCCAUGGUAUGAUGCACAAGAUGGUAUCAUUAAAGAUCUAAGAAUUCUAAAUGGAAAUGUUGAGCAGUUAAUAGAAGACACCGAAACACGUCUUGUGAGAAAACACUUGGUGGCAGUUAUUCCAAAGUUAGACAAGAUUUAUAAAAUAUAUUUUGAUGUGAAGCCUAAUUCAUUUACUGCUGGUUUUCGCAAUGUUAUUCAUUUUACUAUUGGCUCUGAUUUAAGUCAAUAUGGUGAUAGAGUUCCAGGAGUGUGGUUUCAUGAAAGUGGUGAUGGUAGUCUGCAUAUUUCUGCCCCUAUAAAUGGCAAUCUUAACAGAGUCUUCAAGACCGAACCUGUUGCUCUCAAUGAAUGGUCUCACAUUGAAAUUAGUCAGCUGUUGGAAAACAGUAUAUAUAAAUACCGCAUAAAAUUGAAUGGAGAAGAGAUUUUUGCUGAAGAAAAUAGAGAAUCUAAAUCUUUUAAUAAUGUUAUGGUUUAUGCUUCAGACCCUUGGUAUCCUGCUCAAGAUGGCUUUAUAAAAGAUCUUACUAUUAUUAAUGGAAUGUCAGAAGACAAGUCUUUACCAAAUGCUGUAUUAGUUACAAAAGAUGUUGUUGAAUUUUCAUCAGAAAUGAUAUUGAAAAAAAACAAUAUAAUUGCAUCAUUAUCAUCAUUGGAAAAAGCAUAUUCUGUUACUUUUAAAUUAAAGCCUAAUUCAUAUUCAUCUGGAUGGAAAAGUGUUCUUCAUUUGACUAUUGGAGAAAAUAGUGGGAAAUAUGGUGAUAGAAGCCCAGGUGUAUGGUUUCUAGAAGAUGGUUCAGGAAGAUUGAACAUUUAUUCUGCAGUUAAUGGAAAUCCUAAUUAUAAUAUUACUACUGAACCACUCCCUCUCAAUGAAUGGUCAAGUAUCAAAAUACUUCAAGUUCAAAUUAAUAGAAUUUAUACAUUUCAGGUGUAUAUAAAUGGGAAAAUUAUUCAUACAGUUGAAAAUACCCACCCACAAUCAUUUAAAAAUGUCAAAGUGUAUACAUCAGAUCCAUGGUAUGAUGCACAAGAUGGUUCAAUUAAAGAUUUUAGGGUUGUAAAUGGGAAUGUUGAGCAACUAAUAGAAGAUACAGAAACUCACAUUUUCAGAAAAAAUUUAGUGGCAUUUAUUCCAAAGUUAGACAAGAUUUAUAAAGUAUAUUUUGAUGUAAAACCUAUUUCAUUUACUACUGGUUUUCAUAAUGUUAUUCAUUUUACUAUUGGUUCUGAUUUAAAAAGAUAUGGUGAUAGAGUUCCAGGAGUGUGGUUUCAUGAAAGUGGUGAUGGUAGUCUUCAUAUUUCUGCCCCUAUAAAUGACAAUCUUAACAGAGUCUUCAAGACUGAACCUGUUGCUCUUAAUGAAUGGUCUCACAUUGAAAUUAGCCAGCUGUUGGAAAACAAUAUAUAUAAAUACCGCAUAAAGUUGAAUGAAGAAGAGGUUUUUGCUGAAGAAAAUAGAGAACCUAAAUCUUUUAAUAAUGUUAUGGUUUAUGCUUCAGAUCCAUGGUAUCCAGCUCAAGAUGGUUUCAUAAAAGAUCUUACUAUUCUUAAUGGCAAAUCAGAUGAUGGAUCUUUGCCAAGUGCUGUGUUUGUUACAAAAGAUGUUGUUGAAUUUUUAUCUGAAGAGAUAUUGAAGAAAAACAACUUAAUUGCAACAUUGACAUCAAUGGGAAAAGCAUACACCAUCACUUUUAACUUAAAACCCAAUUCGUAUUCAUCUGGAUGGAAAAGUGUUCUUCAUUUGACUAUUGGAGGAAAUAAUAGGAAAUAUGGUGAUAGAAGCCCAGGUGUAUGGUUUCUAGAAGAUGGUUCAGGAAGAUUGAACAUUUAUUCUGCAGUUAAUGGAAAUGCUAGUUAUAAUAUAGUUUCUGAACCACUCGACCUUAAUAAAUGGUCAAAUAUCAAAAUAUCACAAGUAGGGCUAAAUGGAAAUUACACAUUUCAGGUGUUAAUUAAUGGAAAAAUUAUCCAUAGCAUUGAAAAUACCAAGCCACAAUCAUUUCAAAAUGUCAAAGUGUAUGCGUCAGAUCCAUGGUAUGAUGCACAAAAUGGUUCAAUUAAAGAUCUAAGAAUUUUAAAUGGAAAUGUUGAGCAACUAAUAGAAGAUACAGAAACAAUACUGGCUCAAAAUACCAUGGUGGCAGUUAUUCCAAAGUUAGACAAGAUUUACAAAAUAUAUUUUGAUGUGAAACCUAAUUCAUUUACUGUUGGUUUUCAUAAUGUUAUUCAUUUUACUAUUGGCUCUGAUUCAAGUCAAUAUGGUGAUAGAGUUCCAGGAGUGUGGUUUCAUGAAAGUGGUGAUGGUAGUCUUCAUAUUUCUGCCCCUAUAAAUGGCAAUCUUAACAGAGUCUUCAGGACCGAUCCUGUUGCUUUUAAUGAAUGGUCUCACAUUGAAAUUAGCCAGCUGUUGGAAAAUAGUAUAUAUAAAUACAGCAUUAAGUUGAAUGGAGAAUUGGUUUUUGCUGAAGAAAAUAAAGAGCCAGUAUCUUUUGAUAAUGUUAUGGUUUAUGCUUCAGAUCCAUGGUAUCCUGCUCAAGAUGGCUUCAUAAAAGAUCUUACUAUAGUAAAUGGCGAAUCAGAUAUUCAAUCUAUGCCUAAUGUGCUGUUUGUUACUAAAGAAUUUGUAGAGUUAUCAUCUAAAGUAAAAUUAAAGAAAGACAACCUAAUUGCGGUGAUAUCAUCUUUAGAAAAAGCAUAUUCAAUUUCUUUCAAACUAAAACCUAGCUUGUAUUCUCAAGGGUUGAAAAGUGUCAUUCACUUAACUGUUGGGCAUAAUCUUGGGUUGUAUGGUGAAAGAACCCCUGCUGUAUUUUUUCUUCAAGAUGGCUCAGGAAAGCUGACCAUUGCUUCUGCCAUUAGCAACAAUCCUAAUUAUAUUUUUAAUUCUGAUCCUCUUCCCCUCAACGAAUGGUCUAGCAUUAAAAUAUCUCAAAUUCGACUUAACGGUAUUUAUACUUUUACAGUAUACAUCAAUGGAAAAAUUGUUCAUGCAGUGGAAAAUACAAAGCCGCAAUCAUUUCAAAAUGUCAAAGUGUACACAUCCGAUCCAUGGUAUGAUGCUCAGGAUGGUUUUAUUAAAGAUCUCAGAAUUGCAAAUGGAAAUUUUGAGCAACUUAUAGAAGACAAAGAAACAAGUUUGGUUGCAAAAAAUAUGAUAGCUGUAAUUCCGAAGUUAGACAAUUCAUAUAAAAUCAAUUUUGACUUAAAGCCAAAUUCAUUUGAAGCUGGUUGGCAUAAUGUUAUUCAUUUUACUAUUGGCUCAGAUGUGAGUAAAUAUGGCGAUAGGACUCCAGGAGUGUGGUUCCAUAACAGUGAUGGUAGUCUUUACAUUAGUGCCUCAUUAAAUGGCAACCUUAAUCAAGUUUUUCAGACAGCACCAAUUAUUCUAAAUAAGUGGACACAUGUUGAAAUCAGUCAACAGUUAAAAAAUAGUAGUUAUAUUUACACAAUAAAAUUGAAUGGAGCGGAAGUCUUUUCAGAAGAAAACACAGUAACAAAAUCUUUUGAUGAUGUUAUGGUUUAUGCAUCAGAUCCAUGGUAUCCAGCUCAAGAUGGUUUAAUAAAAGACCUUACUAUUUUAAAUGGAAAAUCAGAUGAUGAAUCCUUGCCAAAUGUUGUCCUUGUUACAAAAGAUUAUGUGGAAAUUACUGCUGAAACAACAUUGAAGAAAGAUAACUUGAUUGCUACAUUGCCAUUUUUGGAAAAAGCUUAUUUAGUUACUUUUAAAAUAAAACCUACUUUGUAUUCUCAAGGAUUGAAAAAUGUUAUUCAUUUGACCGUUGGCUCAGAUGUAGGCCAAUACGGUGAAAGAAGUCCUGCAGUAUUUUUUCAUCAAGAUGGCUCGGGGAAGUUAACCAUUGCUUCUGCAGUUAAUGGAAAUGCUAAUUAUAAUUUUAAUUCUGAACCACUUACACCUAAUGAGUGGUCAAAUAUUAGAAUUUCUCAAGUUCGACGUAAUGGAGUUUAUACAUUUAUGGUGAAGAUUAAUGGUAAAAUUAUACAUAGUAUUGAAAAUAAUAAGCCACAAUCAUUUGAAAAUGUCAAAGUUUAUACAUCAGAUCCAUGGUAUGAUGCACAGGAUGGUACUAUUAAAGAUCUCAGGGUUGUAAAUGGAAAUGUUGAGCAACUGAUAGAAGACAGAGAAACACAUAUUAUUCAAAAAAACAUGGUGGCAGUCAUUCCAAAGUUGGAUAGCACAUAUAAAAUAUACUUUGAUAUUAAACCAAGUUUAUUUUCAGUUGGUUGGCACAAUGUUAUUCAUUUUACUAUUGGUUCUGAUAUCAGUAAAUAUGGCGAUAGAGUUCCAGGAGUGUGGUUCCAUAACAGUGGUGAUGGUAGUCUUCAAAUUGCUGCCUCAAUAAAUGGAAAUAUUAAUAGAGUUUUUAAAACAGAACCUGUUGCACUUAAAGAGUGGUCACACAUUGAAGUUGCACAACAGUUGGAAAAUAAUAUUUAUAUAUACACAAUAAAAUUGAAUGGAGAGGAGGUUUUUGCAGAAGAGAAUACGCAACCAAAAUUGUUUGAUAACGUCAUUGUUUAUGUUUCAGACCCAUGGUAUUCUGCUCAAGAUGGUUCAAUAAAAGAUCUCUGUAUUGUAAAUGGAAAAUCAGAUGAUGAAUCUUUGCCAAAUGUAGUGUUUGUCACUCAAGAUGUAGUUGAUUUUCCAGAUGAAGAAAUUUUGAAAAAAGACAACUUGAUUGCAACAUUGUCAACAUUGGAAAAAGUAUAUACAAUCACUUUUAAGUUAAAACCCAAUUUAUAUACACCUGGAUUAAAAAGUGUUAUACAUUUGACUAUUAAAGAAAAUAGUGGUCAAUAUGGUGAUAGGAGCCCAGCAGUAUUUACUCAUGAAGAUGGCUCAGGAAGGCUGGUCAUUGCUUCUGCAAUAAAUGGCAAUUAUAAUUAUAAUAUCAAUUCUGAACCUCUUCCCCUUAAUGAAUGGUCAAACAUUAAGAUAGCUCAAGUUAAAUAUAAUGGAGCUUACAUUUUUUCUGUAAAUAUAAAUGGGAAAGUUGUUGAAAGUGUUAAAAAUACGAAACCACAAUCAUUUAACAAUAUCAAAGUGUAUACAUCAGACCCAUGGUAUGAUGCUCAGAAUGGUUCUAUUAAAGAUCUCAGAGUUGUAAAUGGAAAUGAUGAUUUAUUUUUGCCUAACACAAAAGAAGAUUUGCUUCAAGAACAUCAAGCAGAAGAAAGUGCCCAAAACAUAUACCCAUUUGGAGUUAUCGAUGAAGGUGAUAUAAAAAUAACAAAUUUGUUUCGUGAGUUAAAAGAUGGUAAAAAACCAAAUUUUUGGAGUCAAUCUAGUUAUCAUUGGAAUCAUACAGCAGUGCCUUAUAAAAUCAAUUCUGAUACCAAUUUGAAUUUAAAAAGUCCAGACUGUGUUGGAAUUGUAGAUGUAGGCUUCAUACUUGAUUCUUCUGGAAGUUUAGAAAAGGAAUACCCUCAAGAAAAAGAAUUUCUUAUAAAUCUUGCCAGUACCUUUGGUAUAAACCCUAGUGGUGCACAUGCAGCUGUUGUAACUUUCAGUAGUGACGCUGUGCUGAGCAUAAAACUAAAUGACUACUUUGAACAAGCUCCUUUUAAUAAAUCUGUUUAUGAGAUAGAACAUAUGAAUGGAUGGACAAGAAUUGACUUAGCUUUACGAAAAUCUUUGGAAAUGUUUGAAGAGAUUAAUGGAGCAAGAAAAAAUGUUCCCCGGCUAUUGUUUCUGUUGACAGACGGCAAACAAGAGACUAAUGAAGGUGGCGCUGAAGAUCCUGUAAAUGUAGCUCAACUUUUACGAGACAGAGGAGUUGAAAUUAUUGCAGUAGGUAUUGGCAAAGGUGUAAAUCGUUUAGAGCUAAAUAAUAUUGCUGGAUCAAGUGACAAAGUAUUUUUAGCUGAAAACUUUGAUGAGUUGAUUAAACAGGAUUUUUUAAAAAAAAUAAAAGAAGGCACCUGCUUGGGAAACACUGAAAACGAGUUUAAACUUCAUAAAAGUAAUCUACUUGCAACCUUAUCAGUCGUUGAAGAAGAAUUCAUUAUAUCUUUUGAAAUAAAACCAACUCUUUAUUCUCGCGGCCUUCAUAGUGUCUUUCGGAUAGAACUGGAAAAUGAUAAGUUUAUUGCAGUUUGGUUUUCAGAAGAUGGAAGUGGAACUCUGGUUAUAAAAUCAGUAUUUGGUACAAUAGAUGACGAAGUUAAAUCAAGUAACAGCAUUCUACUCUUUGCUUGGACCCCAAUAAAAUUAUAUCAACAGCGUUUGCUUGAUAAAUAUGUUUAUAUGGUUGAAAUUGGAGGGGAAACAUUAUUUUCAAAGGAAAACAUGAAGUCAAAAUCAUAUUCAUCUGUAGCUGUGUAUGCAGGAGAUCAAUACAAUCUCCCUCAAGAUGCAUUAGUUCGUAGUUUAAUUAUUAAAAAUGGAAAUGAAGGUUUCAUUGUUAAACAAGAAAAACCUUUAAUUGAAAAAGCAGUUAUUACAUCAUUGCCAAAGUUAGAGAAAGAAUUUGUUUUAACAUUUGAUGUUCAGUUUGAAUCUGUUCAAGAUUUGUAUUAUAAUGUCAUUAAAUUUUCAGGAUCUAGUGUUUCUAGUAUUUAUCCAGAUUUUUGGUUUCAUAAAAGUAGAAAUAGCACGAUGUUAACUGCAUCUACAUUAAUAAACAACAAACUGGUUAGUAUUGAUCAGAACCCUGUUGCUUUUGAUAUGUGGAACAAAGUUGUGUUGUCACAAACAUUUAAUGGUGGUUCAUACACUUACUACAUUCAUUUAAAUGAUGUGGAAGUAUAUUCUGAAAAAAUAACUCCAGUGGAAUUGAAUACUGUGAUGGUAUACGCAUCGUCGCCAGAAUAUACAGCACAAGCAGGGUUAAUCAGAAACUUUAAAAUAACUCUUGGAAAAAAAGGUACUGUUCAUCUUGAAGAUCCAAGUUGUGAGGGAUUUUUCGAUGUUGGUUUUAUUCUUGAUUCUUCAGGAAGCUUAGAGAGCAAUUACUCCCAAGAAGUAGAUUUUCUUAAACAACUGGCAAGUAGUUUUGGUAUAAGUAAACAAGGUUCACAUGCUGGUGUAGUUACAUUUAGUAGUGAGGCCAAAUUAAGUAUUCAGUUAGAUAAAUACUUUACUGAUGCUGACUUUAAUAAAGCUGUUGAUGAUAUACCAUAUAUGGGUGGUGGUACUCGUAUUGAUUUAGCUUUAGAAAAAGCAAUAGAAUUGUUUGAUACCAAAAAAGGUUCCAGAAAUGAGGCCCCCAAGCUUUUAUUUUUAUUAACAGAUGGUGUACAAGAACCAAAAAUGGAAAUACCAGUUCCCAAUGAAAUAAAACAGAAAAUUAUUCAGCUAUUUGCCAUAGGAAUAGGAUCAAAUGUUAAUAAAGAUGAACUUAUAAAAAUUGUUGGUAAUCAAGAAAAUGUUUUUUUGGUAGAAGAUUUCAAUAAAUUAGUUCAAAGUGAUUUUUUAAAGAAAGUUAAACAAGGAAGCUGUUCAUCAGUUCUGGAAAAUCUACAUAAAGAGAUUGAGAUAAAAAAAGAUAAUUUGCUUGUUACAUUGUGGUUUAAAAAAGAGUUUAUUAUAUCAUUUGAUAUAAAACCUACAGCAUAUUUGCCUGGUUACCAUAGUGUUUUAAAACUAGAUAUUGGAAAUGGUAAAUAUAUUAGUGUUUGGUUUUCUGAGCUUGGUGUUGGAACUCUCAUGAUAUCAUCUCUCUUUGGAACAAUAAACAAUGAAGUUGAAUAUAAAAAUGCAAUUCCUUUAAAUGAAUGGACCUCAAUAAAAAUAUCUCAACAGUUUUUAAACUUUAACUACAUAUAUACUAUUGAAAUUGGAGAAGAUGUUGUUUUGAUGAAAGAAAAUGGUAUAUCAGAAGAGUUUACAAGUGUAGAUGUGUAUGUAUCAGAGAGUGAUCAUCUUUCUCAAAAUGGAUUCAUUCGAAAUCUAAAAAUUAAAAAUGGAAAUGAAGGUUAUAUACUUCGAGAAGAAACUCCGAUUGAGCAAGGUAAAUUACUUGCUACUAUUCCAAAGUUGGAGCUUGAAUAUAGAAUUUCUUUUGAAGUUAACCUUGAGAAUAAAGAAAAGUUUCUUAAUGUUUUUCAAAUAACACAUAGUGGCAAUGGUGGCACAGGUGGUAUUAGUGGUACAGGUAGUACAGGUGGUAUUGGUAAUGAAGUAUUAGCAAUGUGGCUAGAUGAAGAGCGUAUUGGAAAACUUACCUCAGAAAACAAUAAUUUUGCUAUGAAUUUUCCUAAUCAAAUGCCUGUUAAAAAAUGGAUGACAGUGCGAAUAGCUCAGCAAUUUUUUAAUAAAAAAUACUUAUGUGAAGUUGAUUUAAAUGGAGAAGAAAUUCUCUCUAGAGAAUAUUUGUAUGCAAAGUCUUAUAAUGAUCUAACAUUUUAUGCAACCAGUUUGUACCAUAAUUCUGCAUCAGGAUCAAUACGUAACAUACAACUCAUAAAUGGACAUGUUGAUAUUGAAUUGCGUAAAGUUGUAAGAGCAGCAAUCAAAGAUUUUCAUGAUUUUACAUGCAUUAAGUUUGUUCCACAUGACAACCAGAACGAUUACUUGUCAUUUGUUGCUAAAGAAGGGUGUUAUUCAGAGAUUGGCAUGGUUGGUGAAGAGCAAAAAAUUAGCAUUGGACCAGAAUGCAGAUGGAAAGGUACAACAAUUCAUUUAAUCAUGCACUCGUUAGGCUUUCUUCAUGAAACCUCAAGAGUGGAUAGAGAUACAGCUAUCAAAGUUAUUGAGAGUAAUGUAGAACCAAAGUUUAUUAAUAACUUCAAAACUUAUGAUGCUGACCAAAUGUUGGGUUUGCAGUAUGACUACUUUAGCAUUAUGCAUUAUGGAACUUUUGCUUUUUCUAAAAAUCGUCGAUCUACUUUAAUGCCUUUAUUUCCUAAUAUUGAAGUGGAUAUGAUAGGUCAGCGAGAUGGGUUCAGUGAAUUUGAUAUCAAACGUAUAAAAGAAGCAUAUAAGUGUGGUCAUAAUAUUGAUUCAAGUACACCACCUUUAUCAACUCCGGCUCCUUCAUCGACAGAAACAACUAGUACAUCUACAACAAAAGCACCGCCAUCAAAGCCACAAGGGCAUGCGCCUGGUAUAUUGAUAACUACACUUCCACCACUAAUAUCGACACCUCCACCAACAACAACAACAGCACCAACAACAGCAACAACAACACCAUCGACAACUACGAAAUUAACUUCUGCUAUAAAACCUACAUCCGCUAUUUCUAUUCACCAUUCAGUAACACCUACAAAAGUUAAGAUAGUGACGCAUAAACCUUGUAAACAAAUUUAUUAUCCUUGCUGGCCCUACGAUUUUUCAAUAUUACAUCAAGUUCCUCGACCAUGCUGCUUGGGCUUAAACUUUCCUCAAAACUGCAAAUGUUAUUGUACGUUGCUGAACCCACAAAAGUUUAAAGGAAGAUCUCAAGACAAUUAUCUUUGUCAUAAGCGAAGUUUUAAAAAUCCUGGUUUUCUUGUAUCUGACGAUAAACACCCGUUGAAAAAGUGUAUUCGCCUUCCGUCAGCUUCUAAGAAGUUUUUGUGUUACUCGCAUGAAUCUGGGUAUCAAUUCCAUUGGUCUGACCUUACUAGUCUUCACAGUGGAAGCUGCAUCCGUUCGACGGGUGCCCCGUUAAAUUCUCCAACAAUAUUAUGCAACAACUAAAAACGUGUUGUAUUAUGAUUUUUUAUUGCUUUUAUUAAACAUGUUUUUUUACUUA